GAACCUAAAACCGACCAAGAAAUAGUAAGGAAGUGGGAGAAUGAGCGUACGCAUAAGCAGGAACACAUCCAUCAACCAACAAUAAAUGAGACUGUAAGUGGUACAAUAGGAAUAGUUGGAACUGGAACUAUUAGCGGAGGGACUUUUGGUGUUGAAAUAUCAAAAAAAAGAGAUCAAGAGGACUAUCACGAGGAGUUGCAGAGAAAACAAGCAAGAAUAGACGGUGAGAAUCUUCAACCUAUCUAUAACAUUCAAAUUCCUCCUCCACGCGUUGUCACUCCUUCCCAUCCACCACAAACACCUGAAUAUCAAAUAUUUUCUUCGAGUUCCAUCGUUUCUCCCACCACAAGAAGUGAAAUUACCUUUGAUGAACGCGGUAAAGACAAUCCCUAUAUGUUUCAAGAGAAGAAUAUAUCUGCGCUAUUUAUAUUAUAUCGCUUAAAAGCAUGGCAAAUGGCGCGAGAAUCAGGUUUAUCUAUCGAAACAGACUACCCUGAUAAUUUCUCGGAUCUGCAGAUUGGACAAUUUUCCGGUGAUACUCUAGUAGAUUUUCACAAACAUAUGCGCAAUACGUAUAUAGUGAAAACAAAAGUUGCGCAAUGCGUAAAGAUGAUAUUUCGAGAAUGUAUCGAGACCGCACUUGAUGAAGAUCUUGGGCUGAAAGAAGCGGAAAGAAGCGUAGAACGAUCAUUCACAAAGUCCUUUGAUAACCCAUUGACCAGAAAAAGUUUGAAAGGAUGCGGUUUAUCUUUCUACAGUUGUAAAACGAAAAAUAUUCCUGUUAAGCUAUUGAAGGACCUUCUUAGUGAGGGCACUCUGACUGCCAACAUUAUUAGUCCAGUACUGCGCUCCUUCUUUCACGAUGCUUCAAUACAUCCGGCCAUUUGGCCCAACACUGCCAGUAUAAGUAGCAAAAUCUGUAAACUUGCCGAUCUAGAUCCCUCACGAGCAAAGCAACCAGAUAUGAUCAGAAAUGUUGUGAAUAACAACAAAUCCAAAUACGAAAUUAUGUUUGGUGAGAUAACAGGAGAAGGAAAAAACAACAAUGAAAAGAAAAACAACUUGGAUCUUAUCAGGCUAGGCAUUUUCAUGAAGGAUGCUCUUGAUCUUCUCAUUAAGAAGACAGGGGAAGAUCAUAUGAUUUUUGCGUGGCAAACAAUAAUGACAAUAUGGACGGGUUAUAUCAUGGUUUUGACCGCUUCAGGACUCUAUAUUAUGUUCGAUACUGGUGAAACUGAACUUCCAAAUGACAUUUGUUGCGAAUCCCAGGAAAAAUACGAGAAUGAAGUGCAAAGGCUUCGUGAUUAUAUUAACAAAAAGAAAGAAAAUGGUAAUGUUCUUGUAGAAAUCAUAAAUAGGUUGAGAGCUACGUUGAGAACACCGCAGUUUAAAGAAAUAGUUAAACGUAAAUAA